UUUGACGUACAAGAUGUCACACACAUUUUCGAAAAUACACAGAUACACAUUUCUCAUUUCUGGCUGAACUAAAUUUCCUGUCUUGGCGCACUUCCACAAAUUCUGGUGGUCUCCUGCGUAUUGUUGCGUAUAUCAGAUGAGUAAGAUGAUGAAUAAGAUAUGGACUCAAUUCAGGGGUGGCUGCAUACUUCGAGGAAAUUUGAUUAAAUUCAACAAUAGUAUUACCAGCCAAAUUGAAAAUGAUCUAAAGAUCGAAGAGUUGCUAACGGAACGGAAGCAACUAGAGACAAAAACCGGCACGCUCACCAAACAGGUCAGGGGAGGUCAUGGUCUCCGACUUAACGCGGGCUAUUAAACGCAUAGAGUUCGAUAAAGACAUGGAUCUGAGAAUUAAAGUGACAGCAAAAAAAGCACCAGCCGAAAAAGUGAUUGAGAGCAGCCCCACCUCGACAUCUCCGUCAAACAAAAAAAAAAUGACCCAGUGUCGGUGAUAUGAGUUGAUGCAAAAAUCCCCUCCAGUGGUUCACAGGGGUUUCAUUAUCAACAGAACGUGUCGGAAACCUAUAAAAGCAUUCAUCUCGGCUGAGAUUGGCAUUCAGAAAGCAAAAGAUUCCAAACGAUGAAGCUGUUCGCACUGUGUUGUCUGCUGUUCGCUCUACUCGG